AUGCCUCCCCAGAUAUAUCAUCACAAACCCGCCCGGCCACACCACAGCAGCUUAACUAUACCCUGCGAGAAUUCUCAGUGCAACCGCUGGUUUCGCAGUGUCUCUGGUUUGAAAAAACAUGUGCGCUCUUGUCAUGUCAGCGCCCCCAGCCAUCCACUUCCUCCUGAGCACCCAGCACUUUCACCACCAGCUGAAAAUGAACUAGAAAGCAACUUCGAACCAUUUGACGGACAGGAUGAGCAAGAAAAUCCGCUAUCCAAUGAGCCAUUAGAAGAUCAGGCUCAAUGUGAGAUUGAAUACCAUCCUUUUCUAGAUGGACGGCCUUGUGAUGAAAACGGGAACUUUCUACCUCCUGGAGCAAAACCUGUACUACCCGAAACCCCGUCAACCAAUGAUUGGUCCCCAUACCGGGAUUAUGUUGAGUUUGAGAUGGCGGAACUCCUCUACAAAAAGGUACAGAUGUCUGGGGGAGAUAUUAAUGCCCUUGUAGAUCUGUGGAGGGCCUCGUUCAUCAAAAAUGGUCUGGCUGAUGAAGAUGUCCCUUUUGCAAACAAGGACGACUUGUACCGAGUAAUUGACUCAACUUCCGGCAGUGAUGUGCCAUGGGAGUCUUUCUCUCUCUCAUAUAAUGGCGAGCUUCCCGGAGAAGACCCCCCAGAGUGGAUGAAACAGGAAUUUGAUGUUUGGUUUAGGAGUCCGCGUGCCAUCAUUCAAAACAUGCUAUCUAAUCGAGACUUCUGUGGUGAAACCAAUUUCAUGCCUUACCGGAAGUUUAGCAAGAAGGGAGAGCGAGAAUAUAAAGACUUCAUGUCAGGGGAGUGGGCCUGGAAGCAGGCCGACAAGAUCUCCGUGGAUCCAACAACCCAUGGCUCAUCAUUCGUGCCCGUUAUUCUAGGCAGCGAUAAGACCACAGUGUCAGUUGCGACAGGCCAAAAUGAAUAUUAUCCAGUGUAUAUAUCCAUUGGAAACAUUCAUAAUAAUGUCCGACGAGCACAUAGGAAUGCUGUUGCAUUGCUGGGCUUUCUGGCCAUUCCAAAGACUGAGAAGAAGUAUGCAAAUGACGUCGAGUUUUGCAAGUUUCGCCGACAGUUACUCCACACCUCCCUGGCUUGCAUUCUUCAAGAUCUCAAACCCGGGAUGCUAGUUCCGGAGGUUCUACGAUGCGCUGACAUGCAUUUUAGGUGUGUUAUCUAUGGUAUUGGUCCAUACAUAGCUGAUUAUCCGGAGCAGGCUCUUCUUGCAUGUAUAGUUCAAGGGUGGUGUCCUCGCUGUAUUGCCUGGCCUAACAAUCUUGAUGGCGAAGGUGGUCGGCGCUCAGAAGAUCAUACAGAGGUUCUUGCAAACUUCCUCAGUCCAGUGGUUUUGUGGGACCAAUAUGGUAUUGUUAGUGACAUAGUACCAUUCACACAUGAUUUCCCUCGUGCCGACAUACAUGAAAUUCUGGCUCCUGAUCUUCUUCACCAAGUCAUCAAAGAGGAUUACCUCCAUCUAACAUAUAGCAAGAAGCGGGCUGACGAGAUUUCGGAUGACAUUGACCGACGGAUUGCAGCAGUUCCCUCGUUUCCUGGCCUUCGACGAUUUCCUCAAGGCCGUGGAUUCAAGCAGUGGACCGGCGACGAUUCAAAGGCUCUCAUGAAGGUGUACCUCCCCGCUAUUGAAGGGCAUGCUUUUCUCGACUUCUGUUACUUGGUACGGCACGAUACUCACAGUGACAGCACCAUCCAGAAAGUGCAAGAUGCCGUCAAGGAUUUCCACCACAGCCACACCAUUUUUGAGACACUAGGUGUCCGACCAACAGGGUUCUCUCUCCCACGACAGCAUUCACUACAACAUUAUCCAUGGCUCAUUCGAAUGUUUGGGUCUCCAAACGGCCUCUGUUCGUCAAUAACGGAAUCACGACACAUUACGGCUGUAAAAGAACCAUGGCGCCGGUCAAGCAGAUUUGAAGCACUUGGUCAGAUGUUGCUGAUCAACCAGAGGCUCGACAAACUUGCGGUCUCUAGGGUGGACUUUACAGCCCGUGGGAUGCUUUCAGGCAUGCGUCAAUAUUCAACAAACUGCCACAAACUCAGUGUGCAGCUCAACCAACCCCGCCUUGUUGAGUUACUCCGACGCUUCCUUUACAGCCAAGCGCACAUGAACGACCAUGACGCGCCCUCAGCCUUUAAUAUACCCCUGCACCAAUGCCCCAUGUUCAAUUCGAGGGUAGUUGCGACGCACUCGGCAGUCGCAUAUUUCUAUGCGCCAAGCGACUGCAGUGGAACCGAUGGUAUGCGCCGAGAAACAAUUCGUGCCACGCAUUUGUGGCGAAAGCAUGCGGCUCGUUACGACUGUGCUUUUGUCGAGCGCGAUCCUUCAAUUCCAGGAAUCCGAGGACUCGAUGUCGUUCGCAUUUUUGCAUUCCUUUCUUUCUCACAUGAUAAUACUACUUAUCCAUGUGCUCUUAUACAGUGGUUCUCUCAUAUUCUGGAUGAGCCUGAUGAACUCACUGGGUUGUGGAAGGUCCAGCCUGAUACAAAUGACAAUGGAUCACCCAGUCUCGAAAUUAUUCAUUUAGACUGUAUCUUUCGUAGUGCACAUCUCAUGCCUGUAUUCGGCGAUUAUGGUCAUCGGUUCAUCCCACCUGACAUUGAUUUCACUAACUCACUAGAUAAAUUUCCUACGUUCUACAUUAAUAAAUAUAUAGACCAUCAUGCCUUCGGACUUAGCCAAGGAUGAUUCAUAACUUGUCAAACUUGAUUUUGUACUUCAUGUACUUGGACCACGCUUGGAUAACACUUUG